AUGGCAAGUGCACGGGGACGAGAUGUCUGUGCGGUGCCCGGCUGUUCUAAAUGCAAAAGUGACGAUUACACGCAGUGCGAGAAGUGCGCGUCUGGCUAUCGCCUCACCUCGACGUACACGUGCGAGGCAUGCGCGGAGCCGAACUGCGACUGCUGCGACGGCAGCGUCACCAAAUGUGAGGCCUGCAAGGACAGUUACUACCUCACAGCGGUCAGCCAACUUGGUCAAUUGCAAGUAUUGCAGCGUCACCAGCAGCCGUCGGUGCCCCAGUGUGUAAGCGGGUACGGUCCCGGCGGGUGCCAACGUGCUGUGGACAACUGCGAAAAUGUGCGUUGCUUGCCAAACAGCGUUUUGCAAGGACUUUGGACGGCGGAUGUACACCGUGUCAGCAACUUUUGGGCACACAAACAGUGUGUCAGCGGGCGCGUUCUUAACUGA